CACCAACUAUUUCAUCAUUGACCACGAAACUUGGCAGCAUAUGCUUUACCUCCUUCCUUCAUUAUUCAUAUCCGCACUGCUUCACUGCUUCUUUGAUUUCAAUUGUUGUAUACCACAUCAUGGCCGAUGAUGGAGCGUCUGGGGCGGCGUCUUCCUCGUCGCUGGCACCGUGGUUGUGGGCGACGUCAUCCUUAUCAUCAGAAGGAGGCAUGUAUGAUGUUUUUCUGAACUUUAGAGGCGAGGACACAAGGUUCUUAUUCACAGAUUAUCUCUAUCAUGGCCUGGCCGAUGUAAAAAAACUCCAAGUAUUCAGGGAUGAUCCGGGUCUGGAACUAGGUGACGCAAUUAAACAUACUCUGAUGGAAGCCAUUAAAAGAUCUAGGAUUCAUAUUGUUGUGAUGAGUGAAAACUAUGUAUCUUCCUCAUGGUGCCUCCUGGAACUAGAGCAGAUGCUCAAGUACUCCAACAAUGGAACAAAACGUCCCGUUUUUCCAGUUUUUUAUCACGUGAAGCCCGCAGAAGUGAGACAUCAGAGUAGCACCAAAUCUAAGGAAGCCAUGGGAAAACAUGAAGAGAGACAAGGCAAAGACAAGGCGGAAGCGUGGAAGUUGGCUUUAUCUACAGUUUGCGGGUUAAGUGGACAACACAUUGUUGACAAGGGAGAUCAUUAUGAAACAGGGGUCAUAGGCAAGAUUGCUGAACAAGUCUCUGCAAAACUUCUAGAGAUCAGACAACAAUUAAAUAGAUUUGAUUCUCAAUUUGGAGUGGUUGAAUCACUUUUGAACCUUGAAUCUUGUGAUACUGUUGGUGUGGUGGGAAUUUAUGAAGAUCCUAAAAUAGGCAAAAGUUACAUAACAACAUUUGCUUUUGAGCUAUACUAUAAGAUCAAAUAUAAGUUCCAAGCAGCAGGUUUUCUUGUUGAUGUUAGUGAACUUCUAAGGAAAACCACCAAUGACAAUCGCUUGGAAAUUUUCCAAAAGGAGCUUGUUUCUGAUAUGGAUGUGAAGACCAUGCAUGAGUUGAAGCAUAAAAAGAUGCUUCUGGUUCUGGAAGGGGUUGAUAGUGAAGAGCAUUUGAAGUUGAUAGUGGGAAUGGGAAUAAGUGAUUGGUUUGGUGGUGGUAGUAGGAUCCUCAUAGCAACAGAAAACAGAAAUCUCUUUCAGGAUUGUCCUGCUGUGAUGGAUGGUUUUAAGCUUGAGAAACAUUGCAUACGUGAAGGUGAAUUGGUGGAGGAAAAGAUUGUGAAGGAGAAGGUAGUGGGAUUUGUGAAAGAAUUCAUCGAUGUUAUUAAUCAACUGAAGGAAGAAGAUUCAAACGGGAGGAAUGUUGUUUCCAUUGUUGGCAUGGGUGGAUCGGGAAAGACUACUCUUGCCAGAAUGGUCUACAAUAGCGAUGAGGCCAGAGAGCUAUUUCCUUGCCGCGCAUGGGCAACCGUUUCCAGAGAGUGCAUGUCAAUGGAAGUUUUCAAAAACCUUCUCAAGUCUUUGAAGGUACCCGAAGCUGAAUAUGAAAAUGCAGAUGAAGAGAAGUUGAAAGAUAUGGUGAGAAACCGUUUGAAUGGGAAAAAGUAUUUGGUAGUGCUUGACGAUCUCUGGGAAGAAGACGUAUGGAACAAGCUAAAGGGUCCUUUACCGGAUAACAAGAAUGGCAGCAUGAUACUAGUAACUACUCGUAAUGAUCAAAUGGCGAAUUAUGCAAGGUCAAAGGAGCCUCACCACCAACUACACUUCUUAUAUGAAGAUCAAAGUUGGGAAAUGUUUCGCAAUGAGGUGUUUGGCAGAGAAGAGUGUCCUCCUCCUUUAGAGCUUAUUGGAAGAUCAAUUGCUUUCGAAAGAUGCAAAGGUUUACCAUUGGCUAUCAAAACCACAGCCGGGAUUGUCGCGAAGAAGGAGAGAUCAGAGGAUGCAUGGGAAGAAAUCAAGAACCUGCUCCCUUACUGGUCUGUUGCUGAAGACAAGAAAGGUAAGAAGAUGAUGGAGAUAUUGAAGCUUAGCUACGAUGAUCUGUCUGAGAAAAUGAAGCCAUGCUUCCUAUAUCUUGGGGUGUUUCCUGAAGAUGUAGAGAUUCGGGUGAGAGACUUAAUCCAACUAUGGAUAUCAGAAGACUUCAUAAAGCCAAUCCAAACUGGAAGAAGAUUGAUAGAACCUGAAGAUAUUGGUGAGCAAUACUUGAAGGAGCUAGUGGAUCGUAACUUGGUACAAGUGGCCAAGAGGAGGAGUGAUGGCAAAGGCGUGAAAACAUGUCAGAUCCACGAUCUCAUCCGGGAAGUGUGCAUAUUGGUGAGUAACAACAACCCUGAUAACAGUAACAAUGCUCGCAGGUUGUCCUUUUCCUGGAGCGAAGGAUCCUAUGCAUGUUCGGUAACAUGUAAUCAUUCAAGCACUUGUUCCUUGUUCAUUUAUGGAUAUUACAGCGGGUGGUUAAAUCAUAUUCCAGAAGAUUGCCCACUUAAUGUGCUACAUGUGAAUGGAAUCAGUAGGUUUACAACUGAAAGGAAUGCUAAGUACUUGGAGAGGUUGAAAAGCCUCAAGUUCUUGAAAACGAAUUUUGGACAUUUUGCUGCCUCACAUCCGUUAUUUAAGCUUCUGCGUUUACAAAUAAUGCAAGAACUGUUCAGUUGGAAGGAAGGGGAAAUAAGUGUUGAUAAGGGGUUCAAGCAAAUGAGACAUUUUCAUAGCCACAGUACUGUGCAUUUAUUGGUAGAUGAAAGGGUAAAAGAGAGAAUGCAGAAUUUCCAAACCCUGUGUAAUGUUUAUGCAGAUUCACAACUAGGGCUCUUACUCAACAAUGGCUACUUUCCCAACUUGAGAACACUGGGUUUAGUGAUAAGUAAACACGAAUGUCUAUUAUUAGACGAAAACUUGAGGAGCCUGCACCGCCUAAGCAAGCUACGUAAACUGAAACUUAAGUUUCAGGUCAUCGGAGAAAUUGCAUUAUGUAAAAUUAUAUUUCCGUCAAAUCUUACCCAGAUUGUCUUGUGUUGGGGUGAUGAUUUGAAAGACCAAGACAUGAAUGCUUUGGGACGGAUUUGCAGCCUUCGAGUUUUAAAAUUUCAAGAAGUAAAAUGUGCCCGAGAGGUCCUUAAUUGUGGUGGGGCUGGGAGCUUUCCGCAGCUUCAAGUGUUAAUCAUGUUAUAUGUGCGUGUCUCAAGUGUUACAUUAGAAGUUGGUGCGAUGUCUAGACUUCGACGUGCUGUCUUUCGUAAGUGCCCUGGCUUGACGUUGCAGUCCCUUCCUGAACGAAUGCUUUCCCGUGAAUUUGACUUGCAUUUUAUUGAACCUGAUGAUGAUGAUGAUGAUGAUGAUGAUGAUGAUGAUGAUGAGGAGGAG